GGAGAAGAAAUCCAGCGCAGAUAGCGAAACUACGUGCUCAGCGCAACUUGCGAGCCGCUUUACAGAUAUUAACAUGACUCGGCGGCCGAGAAACAGUGUUUACAGUAGUGAGGAGGAUGAGGAGGAGACCGAGAUGUAUGAACAUGAUUAUGAUGGAUCACUGGCCAAGGCAGGCAAACGCCACCUUGGCAAAACACGCUGGACUCGAGAAGAGGAUGAGAAGUUGAAGAAACUCGUUGAGCUUCAUGGAUCAGAAGACUGGAAAAUCAUUGCAAGCUUACUCACUAAUCGUACAGAUGUGCAGUGCCAGCACAGGUGGCAGAAGGUUCUUAACCCAGAACUCAUCAAAGGGCCAUGGACCAAAGAGGAGGACCAGAGGGUGAUUGAGCUGGUCCAGAAGUAUGGAGCCAAGCGCUGGUCUGUGAUCGCCAAGCACCUGAAGGGCCGUAUCGGCAAGCAGUGCCGUGAGCGCUGGCACAACCACCUGAACCCAGAGGUGAAGAAGACAUCAUGGACUGAGGAGGAGGACCGGAUCAUCUACCAGGCACAUGAAAAGCUGGGCAACCGCUGGGCCGAAAUCGCUAAGCUGCUCCCUGGCAGGACUGACAACGCUAUCAAGAACCACUGGAACUCUACCAUGAGGCGAAAGGUGGAACAGGAGGGCUAUCUUCAGAGCACGUCAAAGAACAACAACUCCUCACUUUCCAUCAGCCAUGGCUACGGCAAGACCAACAAUCACAUCAUUGGUUUCCCCCACCAAUCGCCCAGUCACACGCAGCUGCCACUCAACUAUGCCUACAUCACCGACACGUACAGAGUACCGCUCCCAGUGGCGCGGCAUUGGAAUAUUCUGAACAUUCCCCAGCAUGGAACCGCUGCUAUACAGAGACACUAUAGUGAGGAGGACCCAGAGAAGGAGCAGAGGGUGAAAGAGAUCGAACUGCUGCUCAUGUCAACAGAAGAUGAGCUAAGAGGCCAGCCAUCACUACCAAUGCAUUUGCCCUAUCCAAGCUGGGCCAGCCAGAGCUCUUUGACCAACAGCUCAGAGGGUGUGCCAAUGUUAUUACCUCAUCACCAGGCAGCCGCCCCUGCUCUGCCUCUCGACCAGAGCUGUCUGCCCGAGGAGAGCGCCUCCGCAGCACGUGCCCACAACAGUAACGGGCGCAACAACAACAACAACAACAACAACAGCAACAGCCAUCACAGCAGUCCCACGUUCUCAAAUACUAUUCCAGAGUUCAUGGAAUCUGUCAUUGAUUCUAGCCUCUCCUCAGUGGAUGAGGCCACUACCAGUGGGCUCUUGGAUAGGAGCGCUCUCAGAACAGACAGGGUCUUCCCCAGUCAGGGCUCAAGAACUGCUCACAGAGCAUGGGCGGGUUUCAUCUGCUCAACUCCCAAGCCUUCACCAACCAGAAACCUACCCUUUUCACCCUCACAGUUUCUCAACCAGUCAAUGAGUUCAGAACACUCCGACAACGACAGUUUGACAAUGAGCGAACCUGUGGACUCCAAGCCUCUGAUUGACCACACUGUCAGGCCCCAGAAAGAGAAUGAAAUGUUCAGGACUCCAAACAUUCGGCGUUCGAUCAUGGAGUCAUCUCCCUGUACACCCACUCCUUUCAGGUCAGCCCUGGCCCUGCAGGAGGCCAAGUACGGACUGCCCAAACUACUGAAUGUCCCUUUGGAGAAGCAGAUGGUGGAGUCCAUCAAGCAGGAGCCGAUGGAGUGUGCUAUCGAGCAGCCACCUUUGAAGAAGAUAAAACAAGAGGUGGAGUCACCGUGUGAGAGGAGCCCAUGUAUGCAGUGGGAAGGACAAGACCUUCACACACAGCUCUUCUCCCCGACCGGCCCUGCACAGGAAGUACCUGACCUACUUACUAGCUCAUUAUUGAGUGAAGAUGGACACAAAGCCUACCACCUCCCUCGCAGAGGCAUGGGCAGCCCACUACAGCUCAGUUCCUGGGAACAGGUGACCCGUGGGAAAUCAGAGGAGCAUGUUUUGGCCUCGGAGCAGAGCCACAAGUACAUCAACACUUAUCCUACGAGGACACUGGUCAUGUAGACAGAGACACAUGUUGAUCUGGAAACAUCAACAAUCCCUGCGCUGGACGCAGCGCCGUGGGUUACAUAUUUGUUGUGGUACAACAGUUGGGAGAGGCUCUAUGCCAUUGGUGUUUUUACACUCACACUUGUUGGAUUUCAACCAACCAAAGACUAUACAAGUUUUGUUUUUGAAAUCAUUUAUAUAGAAUUUGCUUUUGGUUUUUAGAAAUGUACGUCCUAUCACUUUUGGUCUUGUCAUCGUAUUUUUAUCAAUGUUGUAUUAUAAAUGGGAAACGGUGGCUAUAUAAUUUGCAUUUGGGCUGUAUUAUUAAUUCCGAAUUUUGAUAUUAAUAUAAAGAACAAGUUGAUUAAUUUAUUUCUUUUGCUUUGAUUAUGACUUUGUUGUUGUUGUUUUUUUACAAUUGGCCAAUGGAGCAGUGUUGUAAGUUAAGUAUUUAAGCCCUGUUAGCAUUAUCAUAAAUCCAACGGCCUAUUAAUUAAUCCAAAACUGACCUCUAUAUUUCAGUCAUGAAAGUUUCUUUUUUUCUCUCUCUCUUUUUUGUACCGGCUACAACGGGUCUACUGAGAAUUUCAAAGUGUUAGGUCUGUGCCACCUCAUAUAAACACUUAACUACUGAACAUGAACAGCUGCAUCUGUUCUAACAUCAUUAUUCAACAAUGAAUUUUACUAUGAAUUUUAUAUUGUCAUGUAUCAUGUUUUACACCACAGAAGGGGGCCAGCCUUAUUAGUAUUACCCGGUUACCACAUUGGCACCUUUAUUUCAUAAAAAUGUAGUUUUCAUUUCAACAAUUUAUUUCUGGCCUUGUAUGAGGAAACAAUCAAUGAACAAACAUUACAUUUGUUAGAAUUUAAGUGUAUACAUAUAUAUAUGUAUGUGUGUAUACAUUUAAAAAAAUUAAAUGAGCUUAUAUGUUUGAAACCAUGAGCUUCACCCAGUAAGAGUAAGACCAAGCUGCACUUGAAUUUUAUAUUCUCCAUAAAAAGCGUGACUAUGAAACACUGAUAUAUUAUGCUACAAACAAAAGCCCAGAUGAAACUUUUAUAUGUCUGUUUUUUUUUACUUUUCUUUGAAUAGUUUUGUAUUGUUUUGUAACGCAUAUCCAAUCAGCAUUUUGUUGUCUUACUAAGACUGCAGUAGACCAUGUCAAACACUUAGCAGACAAUCUUUUUAUACAUUAAAUGCCUUGUUUUUAUACUAGCUUUUGUGCUGAAAUGAUUUUAUAAAAGCAUUUAUACAUGCCAAGUUUUUAUGUUUUUAUACUUUUAUAUACUGCCUAGUAAAUAAAGUGUGUUGCAUUUUUUA